AUGGUGGAAUCAAGAUUUAAGGAACUUCUUGAUCACUCAAUGUUACUUCUGAAGAAGAAAUGGCUAUUUGGUAUACUGGAUGAAUUUAUCACAAAGCAACUCCCCCACAAUGUUACUUGGGGAUUGAGCUUGUUAUAUGCUAUGGAACACAAGGGCGACCGAGCCUUGACUUCCACUCAAGGUGAGCUGGCACAUGCACUGCGGUUCUUAGCGUCUGUAGUAUCUCAAAGCUUUUUGGCUUUUGGUGACAUUCUCGAGCUGCAUAGAAAAUUCAGUGAACUCUCUGGUGGCAUCAAUCGAAUUUUUGAGCUGGAAGAGCUUGUAGAUGCUGCUCAAUCUGUUGUUGGUGGUGGUCUGUUGUGGUGGUACUGUGUUUGGCGAAGUUCGGUUGUUCGUGGUGGCAAUGUGUUGUCGGUGGUCUGUUAUGAUGUGGUCUGUGUGGUGCCUCUGUGUUCGCUGAAGUUCGAUUGUGGUUUGUGUGGUGCCUCUGUGUUCGCCGAAGUUCGAUUGUGGUCUGUUGUGGUGUCUCUAUGUUUGCUGAAAUUCGGUUGUGGUCUGUUGUUUGUCGUGGUGAAGAGGCGUAGUCGAAGAAUCUUUGUGGUGGUGGUGCAACUGUGGUGGUGUGCUACAGUUCUCGUCGUGGUGUGUGGCGCCGUUGAAGACCAGAGGAUUUUCUCUAGGAACCCUAACCUCAACGAAGGAGAAGAGGUCCAACGGGUUGGGUUGGAUCAGGUAAAACUGGUCCGGUUCAGCAGUCCAGAGGGCUCAACCAACCCGGUUCAGUGGUCCAGCCCCUAUUUCUAG